CCAGCCAGACCGGACAGCGGGCUUUCCCGAACCCCGCCUCAUUUGCCAAGGAGGCGGAAACCGGGGGGAGGGGGGAGACGGCCAGGAGGAGUGGCAUCACGGCUCUGUACGGCCCCUCCGGCCAACCGGAUCCCGAGAAGGCGGAGAAAAGCAUUCUUCACGCCCCCUCCCUGCCGCGCCCCGAAGCCACACGCGGGAGACCCCUUCCUCGUCCCUCAACCCCAGCAUGCCAAUGCGCGGCUGCUCCGCCAAGGCCCCGCCCACCCCGGGAGGACAGGCGGGGUGGUCGACCACAAACAGCACUCAGCCAGGGCCGGCCCCGCCCCUUUCUCCACAAUCGCACGCGCGCGCCGGCCCCGCCCCUGAGCGGCGGCGCGAGAGCCCGCCCCCUCCGCGCGCACCGGGACUACGCUCUCCUCCCCCUCCCGCACGAAGAUUUACCCCGCUCCGCCCCCCACCCCCCUCACACAUCCACACACCUCCCGCCCGCCUGCUCUACGGGAAGCCGAGGAGACGACUUGCUGAAUCCCACCCCCAAGCCUCAACACUAUUGGAGGAAGCAGAGGAGCUCUUCACGUCUCAUUGGAGGACUCCACACAUCCCGCCCCGUGCAGUCUCAGCCACAGGCCCAACAAGUCGGCUCCCGCCCUCGCCGGUCAUCGCAUUGGAAGGCUACCCAUGGCUCUCUCGCUGCCCCAGGAAGCGGAGACGGCAAAGAAACCAGCGCUGGCAACAGGUGGGCCCGACUCCAAGAAUGGCUUCGAGCCACAAGGACAAGGCAGUAAACUGGGAACUUCAUGAGUAGCUAAGAGAUGAGAUCCAAGCCCUGCAGCAGGUCGGAGCUCUAAAAAUAAGACACACCAACUAAAGCGACCCUCGGGACAAACCUCUAGGAGGUUAGGAAGAAGCAACACUUCCACAGAACUUUCGAGGGUUACCUUUCA